GCUUUUGGAAACAAUGGCAGAGCAAAGGAAGAUUUUUAAAGAUCCCAUCCAUGGGACUAUAGAGCUGCAUCCACUCCUUGUCAAGAUCAUUGACACGCCUCAGUUUCAACGACUUCGAAACAUCAAGCAGCUUGGAGCUGUAUCUUAUGUUUACCCUGGAGCAACCCACAGCCGCUUCGAACACAGCAUUGGGGUGGCUUACCUGGCUGGAGAAAUUCUAAAGUCUAUCAAAGAGAAGCAGCAGGAUCUUGGGAUUACUGACUGGGACGUCCUUUGUGUGCAAUUUGCCGCCCUUUGCCAUGACCUUGGACAUGGACCGUUUUCCCACAUGUUUGAUCUAAUGUUUAUACCCGAAGCAAGACGAUUAAAGGCCAUUAAGACGCAUGAGGAACUAUCUAAAAAGAUGAUUGACCAUCUGAUGGAAAAGAAUGAUGACUUGCUAAAACAGAUGUAUGAUGUGCGGAAGAAAAUGACUGACGAAGAUUCUGAAAAAGUAGAUGGCGUACUAACAAAGAUGGAGGAUGUGCAGAAGAUAAUGACGGACAAGGAUAAAGGACAUUCUGGAAAAAUAGAAGAGCUUAAAAAGAUUCUAAAAAAAUAUCUAAAAGAAUAUCUAAAAGAAGAUCUGGAUUUCAUCAAGGAUCUCAUAGACCCCCCAAAAAAGACGAUCCCAGCUACUGACCAACCAACAGGAGGAUCAGGAGGAGCGAGAAAACAGAGGCCACCCGCAAAUCGUUCAGAAAAGCGCUACAUCCUCUACGACAUUGUGUCCAACACGAUAAACAAGAUUGAUGUAGAUAAGUGGGAUUAUUUUGCCAGAGACUGUCAUUACCUGGGAAUGAAGAACAGCUUUGACCAUGAGCGUUUGAUCAAAUCUGCUAGGGCGUGUAAGGUGUAUGGAAAGUGGCAACAUUGUGAUUAUCGUUAACAGGACGUGUUCAAUCUAUAUGACAUGUUCUACACAAGGUUCUCUUUACACAAAAGAGCCUACCAGCACAAAGUGAAAAACAGCAUAGAGUUGAUGAUCACAGACGCUUUCCUUGAAGCGAAUGAGCACCUGUCCCUGUCUGAAGCUAUAAAUGAUAUGGAAAUGUACACUCAGCUGACAGGUGGCACCGAAAAUCUGCAGCCAGAAGACUUUGUCGUUGAUGUAAAAGAAAUAAACUAUGGGAUGAAGGAAAAGGACCCAAUAGAGCAUGUGUGGUUCUACAAAAAGGACGAUCCAACAAAGCCCUUCGGACUGCAUAGAGAUCAAGUUUCUAACCUUCUUCCAGGAACAUUUAGCGAGAAAAUAAUCAGAAUCUACUGCAAGAAGACUACUAAGGAGACUCUGGAAGCUGACAAAAUUCACUUCGAGCAAUAUAAGAAAAUACAUGACAGAAGGCCCAAUGCAUAAGUUCUGCUUUUCUUUGAGCUGUAUUUGACAGCAGCAGAACAGCUAUUUUAAGGCAAUCAUUAUUAAUUUCCUAAUUGUUACUAAUACGUUUUUAUAGAUAUUGAUUUGCUAAUUCAUACCCCUAACAGCUGGGUAAUGUGAAUAAGGCCAGAACAAUGGAUGACAAUCUGCCACAUUUUAUAGCUUCACAUACAGUUAAAUAUACAGUUACAACAAUUAAAAAAAGCUAAAUUCAUUACUAAAUGGUGAUAACACCUCAAUAGUUUUGGGUCUAAUGACAUCAACAAACAAAAAGUAACCAAAUGAAACCAAACGCAUGGAGAUUGGUGACAAAAAUAUAUAUAUUUUUCAAAAAUUACAUCAUAAUCAUUCAGAGACAGCAAAUUGGAUUGAUCAAUCAAUAAAUGUAUCACUUAGCCAUAGAAGAGCGUGCCACAAAUGCUUUUCUAUUUCUUGAGUGUGCUCUAGACUCUCAAUACAAGCAACCCUGUUUUCUGUUGCAUAAUGGGAUUAAGUAAAAAAUGUGACGUGCCCAUAAUUAUAAAAAUUCCACUUAAUAAACUUGGUAUUGGGGACUAUAAUCAAAAGGGGAAAGAUAUGUUUUUGUUGAGCUUUGAUGUUAAGGGAUAUUUUCCUCUAAAGUGAAGGUGUUGAUUUGUGGUGUUAUCUAUAUUUAAAAUAGAAUAAAAUGAAUUAAGAUAAGGUUUUAUUUUAGAAUGUAAUUACUGCUGUUAGGAGGCUUGUUAUAGAAAAUAUAUCUUUAUAUCCCUUUAUAGAUAUAUGCAUUUAUUUGGGUUUUGUUUUGUUUUUAUCUAAGCCAGUUUUUUAAAGAAAAAAAUACAUUUUAGCCAGUCUCUUGAUUAAAGUGGGUUUUUAGGGUUUUUUCUUUUUUUUUUUUUUACAUAGAAAUUACUUAAAGGUCCAAUAUUAUGAAAAAUUUUCAUUUUAAACAGUUUGUAACAGUCAUAUGAGUCCUGAAGCCUGCAUAUGGAAUUCACAAUGGGGAAAAAAUCCUUUCAACUCCAUCAUUGCCUUUGUCCACCUCUUAGCUUUUUGCUCAAAAUGGUCUGCUUGAAAAAUGUCCCCUUAUGAUGUCAUAAGAGGAAAUAUGUUGCAGCCCAGCAGACAAGCUAUGGCCUUCGUCUAAUGUAUCAUUCCACUCUCCUAGGCAAUCUGUAAGAACUGACUGGUUGUCAUGAUUGUGGGUUGU